AUGGCGGAAGACGGCAUGUCUAUCGUUCCUUACGGGUCCAAUCUUGACGUUGUGCUCCGUCACAAUGAUUCCGUCGUAUGUCUCGACCGCGAUUCCCAGGAGCUGGUUCUCCGAAACGCAGCCCACGGUAAUGGCGGCCUGGAGCUAGCCGACCCCGACUGUCCCUACUGUCACCGACCCAUGCGAGAAGACCAGCCAGGCCAGAACAAUCACCGUGCAAGCCCAGGUGGCCAGCCGGAAUUCGUCAAUCCGGAUUACUUCCGCAUGCUCCAUAACAGUCUACCCAAUUCCGUCAAUUCCUCGGGUUCCUCCCCACCCCGUCGACGUCUCCACCAGCCGGCGCUUCCAGGCGUACCGACCGAUCCGAAUUACUCGGGAAGGGCAUCACAGUCGCAGGGGAUCUCGUCGGGUGCAUUUACGCAGGGUUAUUUUAAGAAAUUCUUCGUUGAGGAGUCCAUACUGGGAAGAGGAGGGAAGGGUGUGGUGUUGUUGGUCAAACAUAUGCUGGAUGGUGUGUCGCUGGGAUACUAUGCGUGCAAACGGGUGCCCGUGGGAGAUGACCACGAAUGGCUUGAGAAGGUGCUGGGUGAGGUGCAGCUGUUGCAGCAUCUGUCGCAUCAAAACCUUGUAUCGUACCGGCAUGUUUGGCUUGAGGAUGCCAAGAUGAGUACGUUUGGGCCCAGUGUACCGUGUGCGUUCAUUUUGCAACAGUACUGCGAUGGUGGAGACCUGCAUAACUACAUCUGCGGUUCUGUGCAGACUUCUUCCACUACUCAACAAUUGAAGGAACAUAUUAGGAGGAAAAGCAAGGGUGAACAUGAUGACUCGGCAGGUCUUGUAGGGCCUCGAAAACUCCAAUUCGAUGAAAUCUAUUCCUUCUUUAAAGAUAUCACAUCUGGAAUCCGCUUCCUUCAUGUGAACGGCUACAUUCAUCGUGACCUGAAGCCAAAUAAUUGUCUGCUCACUCAGACGACCGACGGCUUACGGGUUCUGGUGAGCGAUUUCGGCGAGGUGCAAUCCCAGGAUGCAAUGCGCAGGUCGACUGGGACGACAGGAACCAUUUCGUAUUGUGCUCCUGAGGUUCUGCGACGCGAGUAUCCGGAUGGCCCGUUUGGGAACUUUACGUUCAAAUCCGACAUCUUUUCUCUGGGCAUGAUCCUUUACUUCUUGUGCUUUGCGGAAUUACCCUAUACCAACGCGGAUAUCAUCAACGAGGAACUGGAAGAUCUCGACCAACUUCGCGAGGAGAUUAGCGGAUGGACUGGGUUCGGCAGCGCGCAGAGAGUGAGACCUGAUCUACCGGACAGACUUUAUACCUUCCUCGAGCGUUUGCUGUCUGUGGAUCCCAACCGAAGGCCUACUGCGGAUGAGGUUUUGAGUGGCAUUCAAGCCGGCGAUAACUUUCGGUAUAGAAGAGGCACCCCAGCAGGUCCGGAUACUAAUUCGAAUUCUCGAGUCCGACCUGUCGACAGUUCGAGCGACAUCCCAUAUCCGCGCUCACCUCGCUCCCAUAAGAAAACUCUCUCUCGGAGCAAUCCACUCACACUGCGUCCGAGUACCCCUUAUGACCCUCAUGAUUUCGAUUCUAGCCCGGUGCCUAUGGCUGAGAACGUCAGGCCUGAAAGAAGGAUCGAACUCAGUCCUGAACGAAACUUGAUCGUCCGCCCAAGAUACCGAAGUCCUACAGCAUCCGGAUCACCUACCCGGAAAAGACAUGACUCCCAUCACCAAGAAGCACCAGCGAACGUGAAACCAGUCUCAAGCAUGGAGCCAGUCCCCCAAACACCACAACUCCUCCCUCCUCCUAACCGGUCUGUUCUCUUUUCGCUUGUCGAGCGCCUCGGCCUCCGGUUUGACUGGAAGCUCCCAUUACCGUUCCUUCAGCUAUCUUUCUUUCUAUUGAAGCUGGUAUCGGCCUUUCAACCUUGCAUGCCCCUAGCCGUCAAUCCCUGGGUAUUCUACCCGUUGCUUGUCCUGGCUGCCGUGGGUCUACGGUCGCGGAGUAUGAUGCUUCAGAUGAUUAUCCUUGGUGUCCACCUUCUCAUUGUCGGUCUUAGUACACGGACGAGGGUGCUGUGCGUGUGGCAUCAUCCGGGUGAGGGGAUCUUCGGUGAUUGA